AUGAGCCCACACAGCCCCCCAGGAGCCACACCACCGCCGUCGCAGCGACCACUGACGCCGCUGUCAUACCUCAGCUCCCCCGUGCCCGACCUGGCCUCGACAUUGCACACCCAGCCCGCCGACGACGAUGCCGACGAGGCCAAUGUGAGCUUUCUACGCGACUCGCUCGAAUCACUGGACCAACCCCCUGCCCACGAGUCCGCGACGACCAGCAGCUCACUAUCGCGCGGGACACACGUUGACUAUUCUCGAGACCCACGGCGGCGGACAAACUUGCAGCAAUCACACAGCCAAACCGCACCGGCUCAAGCGCCCACUGACAAUCUGGAUGACCUCUCACGGAGGGAACGGCUGCAACGAGUGCUCGCACGCCUAAAUCGCAUACACGACCCAGCCGGCUCGUCUGCCUCAGCCUACGGCAAUCGCACUCCUUCGCCCAACCGGCAGAGACUAUACGAUUGGGCGCCUUCCCACGACGAGCCUAACCAGCAGGAGGAUAACGAGCUCGAUCAGAUCUUGGCGGAAUUGCGGCGACAGCAACCUGAUACCCACCCAGACAUCCUGCGCGUGCUUAGUCAAAGCCAGCUGGACCUGACUCGACAACGUGAAAGAGAAUCGCAUUCGAGCGCGACCGCAGAACAGACAGAUGCUAGCGAGAGGAGAGAUCGUUUGAGGGAGCGAAGAAGGCGGGAGAAUGAGUGGGUGAGUCUGCGGAAUCGAGCUGUGCUGCAACGAGCGAGGCAGGAAGGGUCUCCCUCAGCGACGGAGAGGAUGCUGAGAUAUGUGAUGGAGCGCGAACGCAGUGGCAUGAGUGAAGAGGAGGAGCGGGCGAGAGGCUCAGGGUGGUUCAAUCCCAGCGGCAGCCGGUCCAGUACAGAGCAGCAUAGGAGUGGCGCCUCUUCAAGAGAAUCCUGGCCAUUGCCUCCCAGCGCGAACGAGUUACGUGCGAGGACGAUUCAAGAACGAGCAGAGGCCAUGCAAAGGCGAUAUCUUACCGAGAAUGCGGCUCCACGACUACCACGGAUCUCAACUCCACCUGUACCUGCAACAUCCACCCCACCGAGCAUGUCCUCACAUUUCUUGGAGAGUGCUCUGAAGUAUCUCAAUCAACUCCGAUCGUGCUAUCGCUACGAGGAAGCACUUUCGGCUGCGAUCGAUCAUGGACUGGCAACUAAAGAGUUCUUCGCGGACAAGCACGAUGACUUUGUCAUGGAUCUGGAAGAGCUGAAUCCGCUCCCCUCUUCUGCGUGGCUACAGCCAGGGACAGUACUCGAAGGGCAUCAACAUGCGACAAGCGGUAACGCCGCACUGCUGCAAACGCGGCCCACGAGCUCGUCAGCACAUUCUGUUGAGCAGAUAAAUCCUAACUUCCGCAGCCAUGGCGCCUCUGCGUCCUUCGACCAUCCUCCUGGUUCGACGAACGUGCAACCUUUCGAUGCUACGAGACCCUGGCUCUCACACCAAUUCACACCGCCAGCACAACUUAAUACGACUUUUUCCACAAAGCCUUCGGAUGCUGGCCAUGAUCACUGGCCGGUCCGAGUCAUCAUUCACUCGGUGGACCUCGAAAGGAUGACAUUGCAGGGGACGAUGGAAGCGUACGACGUACCUCAACACCCGGCCAGUGUCUCGAUCUUGCAAUCCAGCGAAAGACCGAAAGCCGGGAAAAAGCACGCCCCUAUAACGACCUACCUCGAAGGACACAUCAUCGACCUAGCAACGCACUCUUUCCUCACACCCAGCGCUUCAGAAGUAAAACGCUCCGGCCCACACCCAACAACUCCCUCCAACGCAACCCCCUACACAACCCUCUUAGACGCCAUCUCCUUCCCCUCAGCAAACGCCCACACCGACGCGGCCAACUGGCGCAAACUGCCUCCCUUCAACACGCUCCCCUCGGACGAAGAAACCGCCCGCCUCCUCCUCUCCCGCGGCCGCAUGAACGAAGUCUCCGAAGAAUACAUCUUCAUGCGAUGGAAAGAACGGUGUUUCGUGCACGCGCGGGAUGACAAGUGCAGCGAGGCGGAUCGCGGAGGGGACCAAGACCGCGGACAUGGAUUGACGAUUUCGGGGUUCUAUUAUGUGAGUUUGAGGAGGAGUGAUGGGGUGGUGGAGGGUUUGUACUUUGAUCCUACGAGUACGCCGUAUCAGCAUUUGAGGUUGAGGGGGAAGAGGACGGGGUGGCCGGCUUUUGAAUUUAGAUGA